CACCUCUAACUAAUACCACACUUGCAAAGACUUCCCAAACUUUCCACUCCAUCUUCACCGAUGGAACUGUAAGAAAAUCCAAUCUGUAACGCAGCUUCUUCUUCAAAAUCCCCUCACCGUAACUUAUUAAAACCACCGUUAAUCUCCGCCGUUCAAAAAGAUAAAAAAAAUCAGUAUCAUCACAAUGUUUUAAUCAGAUCCGAACACACCAGAAUCAAAAAUGGGUCACUUAAAUCUACCGGCGUCUAAACGGAACCCUAGACAAUGGAAGCUUCUAGACCUAGUAACAGCAGCAUUCUUCUUCUUAGUAUUUCUCUUCUUCCUAUUAGUCUUCACUCCACUAGGCGACUCUCUCGCCGCCUCCGGUCGUCAGUCUUUACUUCUAUCCACGUCAGAUCCACGUCAGCGCCACCGUUUAGUGGAGUUGAUUGAGGCUGGCCGACAUACUCAGCCAAUCGAAGCUUGUCCUGCGGAUUCCGCUGAUCACAUGCCGUGUGAAGAUCCAAGGCGUAAUAGUCAGCUUAGUAGAGAGAUGAAUUUUUACAGAGAGCGGCACUGUCCGGUUCCCGACGAGACGCCUCUCUGUUUGAUUCCUCCUCCUAACGGCUAUAAGAUUCCCGUCCAAUGGCCUCAGAGUUUGCAUAAGAUAUGGCAUGCAAAUAUGCCGCACAAUAAAAUUGCGGAUAGGAAAGGGCAUCAGGGAUGGAUGAAGGAGGAAGGUGAAUAUUUUGUGUUUCCUGGUGGGGGCACUAUGUUUCCUGAAGGGGCUAUUCAAUAUAUUGAAAAACUCGGACAGUAUAUUCCUAUUAGCGGCGGUGUGUUGAGGACUGCGCUUGACAUGGGAUGCGGGGUUGCUAGUUUUGGAGGUUAUUUGCUCAAGGAAGGGAUAUUACCCCUCUCGUUUGCGCCUAGAGAUUCACACAAAUCACAGAUACAAUUUGCCUUAGAAAGAGGAAUUCCGGCAUUUGUUGCGAUGCUUGGCACUCGAAGACUCCCGUUUCCUUCUUUCUCCUUCGACUUGGUGCAUUGCUCUCGGUGUCUGAUCCCUUUUACAGCCUAUAAUGCAACUUAUUUUAUGGAAGUGGAUCGAUUACUUCGCCCUGGAGGAUAUUUGGUUAUCUCUGGUCCUCCUGUUCAGUGGGCUAAACAAGACAAAGAAUGGGCAGAUCUCCAAGGUGCGGCAAGGGCACUGUGUUAUGAGUUGAUUGCUGUGGAUGGAAACACUGUCAUUUGGAAAAAACCAGCUGCAGAUUCAUGCCUGCCUAACCAAAAUGAGUUUGGGCUUGAAUUAUGUGAAGACUCGGAUGAUCCUAAUCAGGCCUGGUAUUUGAAAUUAAAGAAAUGUGUGAGUAGGAUGGCUUCUGUUGAUGGAGAUCUUGCUGUUGGGACAAUCCCAAAUUGGCCAGAUAGGUUAACAAAAGCUCCUGCAAGGGCCAUGAUGAUGAAAAAUGGAAUUGAUCUGUUUGAGGCUGACACUCGACGAUGGGAAAGGAGGGUAUCAUAUUAUAGGAAUUCAUUAAAUAUGAAACUAGGGACUCAUGCUAUUCGCAAUGUCAUGGACAUGAAUGCGUUUUUUGGGGGUUUUGCUGCAGCACUGUCAUCUGAUCCUCUGUGGGUGAUGAAUGUUGUUCCUGCUGGCAAAUUGUCAACUUUGGGCGUCAUUUUUGACCGAGGCCUCAUUGGGGUGUACCAUGAUUGGUGUGAACCUUUCUCAACAUAUCCUCGAACUUAUGAUCUCAUCCAUGUAGCCAACAUUGAAUCGCUAAUUAAAGAUCAAGGCUCAAGCAAACACAGAUGUAACCUUGUUGAUUUGAUGGUGGAAAUGGAUCGAAUAUUACGUCCAGAAGGAACGGUUGUGAUUCGCGAUUCUCCUGAAGUUAUCGACAAAGUGGCUCACAUAGCUCAUGCUGUAAGGUGGACGGCUACUAUACAUGAGAAAGAACCUGAAUCGCACGGGAGAGAACAAAUUUUGGUAGCUACAAAAAGUUCCUGGAAGCUUCCUUCAGCAUCUCACUGACACAAUUGCUCUUUGUAAUGUACCAUUUUGUCCCUCCCUUUUUCUCUUUUUGUUAAUUCUUAUAUGAUGCCAAUUUGUAAUCUGCAUCCAUAAAAUGGCUGCAGAUUCCUUUCUUGAUUUUGUUCUGCUAUAUUUAUGUGAAGGAACAGUAGGAAGUAUAAAAAUGAAAAAGACAUUCAGUUUUAUGUUCAGAAUAGGUAUAGCUGAAGGAAUGAUAAUUUCAUAUUGUGAUCCA